AUGUAUAUAAGAAACCCUCUUAUGAGGUCGCUCUAUUGGAAAGCGGUGAAUGACCAGCGACAGACGGUCGAUACGUCCAAAAAACUUUUAGAUCUUGGCGCUGGUGAUGGAUUAGUAACAAAGCAAAUAGAAAAACAUUUUACUGAGGUGUUUGCAACAGAAGUCUCGUCAUCAAUGAGAUGGAGACUACAGAAUCAUGGAUACAAAAUUUUGGAAAUUGAUGAAUGGGCUGACGGAAAACGGCACUAUGAUGUUAUAAGCUGUUUAAAUCUCUUGGAUCGGUGUGAUAAACCACUAACACUACUACACGAUAUUAAAAAAUCAUUAGUUCCUGUCACAGGAAGGGCUAUAGUUGCCAUAGUGAUACCUGUUAAGCCUUAUGUUGAAUCAGGAACCAAUGAUAACAAACCUUCUGAGUAUUUGCCUGUGAAAGGAAGGAGCUGGGAGGAACAAGUGCAGAGCCUGAUUGAGGACGUGUUUACAUCGGCUGGGUUUACUGUUUUGAAAUUUACUCGUCUUCCAUAUCUAUGUGAGGGGGACCUGCAUGAUCCAUACUAUGUCCUCAACGAUGCGGUGUUCGUUCUUGCACCAAUGUCUGAGUGUGAACAGAGAGUUUACGGAGAAGGUGAAUGUAUUGUGUGAUCACCCCUGCUCUGAAAAUGGUGCAUUCUUUUACAUAUGCAAACUUUAAAUCUCAUGGAUCUUCUUUAAACUUUAUAUAUUGUGAGAAAAACAAGUGAAGUAAUUAUUUAUGCACAAACACCAAAGUGAACAAACAUCAAUUGAACUUUCAAAUUAGAAGAGCAGUGUUAGCAGUCUUGUAAAACGAAAUGAAGAUUAUCAAAAUAAACUCUUGUAUGAGAAGAGCAGCAUUUAUCAUGAAUCACUGCUUUGAAUAACUUUCAUUAUUUAUAUAAAUAU